UUGUAGAUUCUUUCAGCCAAUCGCUUCAAGUUGAUUCCAUAGACUGGAAUCUGGCACGCGCUGACCACACUCCCCUUCCUCAUCUCUCCCUCGCUCCCUCCCUCUCCAUCAAAAAGAGCUUUGUGUUUUCGAUUCUUCGAAUUCCUCCGUAGAGCUGCGUCAACGCUCCGUCUUCGGUUUAUCUUCCAAAAAGUAUCGUCUUCCUGUAUAUUCAGUCUUCAUUUCAUCGUUCUGCGUCUCAUUCUCCUCUCUCUUAAAUCAUUAGAUUUUGGAAGCUAGGUUUCGUAUUUUGCCAGGUUGGGUAUUUUUAUUGGUGGCUGAAUAGUGAGCUCUAGAUGACGGUGGGUGCAGUUUCAGUUUGUUUGGUCACUAAUCAGGCCAUCCAACCAGCUGGUUUGUCAGAUAUUACACCCUUUAACUUACAUGGGAAGUUUACACAUUUUCCAUGUAUACAUCAUGUAAAAACUCCCGGUUUUAAGGAUCAAAUCAUUCAACUCUUCACAAGAUCAAAAGGAAACCAAGCCUCGAGGACUGUUGUGUAUGCAAUUUCAAAUAAGGAUGAACCUGAUAAAAGUGGUUCACGUUUUUGCACCAAUGAUACGAUGCCUUCAACUCCGGAGAACAUUGUCAGUUCUGAGGAUCCUGGGAAAGAAGCCGUGGCUGUCUUAUUACACUCUGGAGCAGACCUUCCUCAAGGUGCUCAGACCCUAGAAAACAAAGAAAACCUUCUUGACAAGCUGAAGGCCAUGCAAUUGCAUGUGUUAGCAAUAGAACAAUGGAAUGCUUCCCGACUUCAAUUGUGUCAGAGGAGCUAUUUGGUGAGUGCAGCAAACCUAAUACAUUAUUUGGCAUUGAAAGGCCUUGAUGUUGAGCAGCUCAAGGAAGAUCUUUCUUCCAUUGGCCUUCUGAAUUUAGAGACCAUCAAUCCAUAUGUCCUUGCAAGCCUUUCUGCAGGCAUACAGAUGUUAGAGAACAUAACUUGUAGUUCCCUGAACAGCAGCAAAAAAGGUAUUGGCGAAAGGAUUUCCACCUACAAAAGUUUGGUCAAUGAAAACAAGGGGGAGUUUACAACAAGUACAAUGAUGAAAAGGGCAUACUCUCAUAGGGAGCUACUGUUGGGCCCACUUCAAGAUGAGAGAAUUACUCAUAUCAUGGUGACAGUUGGACAAGAAGCUACAGAAAGUGAAACACUUAUAACUGAUCUUCUCAAGACGGGAGCAACCCUUAUUCGUGUCAACUGUGCACAUGGAGACCCUAGUGUUUGGAGUGAGAUAAUCAGAAGGGUAAAAAUAAGCUCUCAGAUGCUGGAAAAGCCAUGUCGAAUUCUCAUGGACUUAGCUGGACCAAAGCUUCGUACAGGUAAACUGAAGGCUGGUCCAUGUGUAAUGAAAAUAUCUCCCAAGAAGAAUGCUGGUGGAAAUAUGAUAUGUCCUGCCCAAGUUUGGCUAUCUCCCCAAGGAGCAGGUCCACCACCUCCUCAUAUAUCUCCUGAUGCAGUUCUUUAUGUGGAUGGCCAAGAAUUUCUCAAUAAGCUUGAGGUAGGUGAUGCUGUGAGAUUCAUCGAUGCUCGUGGGAAAAAGAGAAUGCUGAAGAUUUCAAAGAAGUUUCCUAUUUUUUCUGGCGUUGGAUUCAUGACUGAUUGUACCAAGACUGCUUAUGUUCAGUCAGGAACUAAAUUGCAUGUUAAGGAGAAGAAACGGAAAUUCUCAGAUGGCUUUGUGGUAGAUGUACCUCCUGUAGAACAGUUUGUGAGACUCAGAGUUGGAGACUUGCUAAUCAUAUCACGUGAUAGCUCAAACGAACAGGAUGAGUCAGCUUGUUCCUCAAUUGGUUCCAAUAAGGUAACUUGUUCUUCCGGAUAUCUUUUUGAUUCAGUUAAACCUGGAGAGUCCAUUGCUUUUGAUGAUGGGAAGAUAUGGGGAGUAAUCAAAGGAACUAGUAUAUCAGAAAUUGUUAUUUCAAUAACUCAUGCCAGUCCAAGAGGUACUAAACUUGGCUCGGAGAAAUCCAUAAAUAUUCCAGAUAGCAAUAUUCGGUUUGAAGGCCUCACUUCAAAGGAUGUUAAGGAUCUUGACUUUGUAGCUUCCCAUGCUGACAUUGUGGGCGUCUCAUUUGUCCGUGAUGUUCGGGAUAUUGUGGUACUUCGCCAAGAGCUUGCAAAGCGGAAGGUUUGGAACUUGGGUAUUGUUUUGAAGAUUGAGACAAAAGGUGGCUUUGAGAAACUGCCCCUAAUGCUACUGGAGGCAAUGAAGUCUCCAAAUCCUUUGGGAGUUAUGAUUGCCAGAGGAGAUCUUGCAGUAGAGUGUGGGUGGGAAAAGCUGGCAGAUAUACAGGAAGAAAUUAUAUCUACUUGUAAUGCUGCCCAUGUACCAGUUAUUUGGGCAACACAGGUUUUGGAAUCACUUGUUAAAUCUGGUGUGCCUACUAGAGCUGAAAUUACUGAUGUGGCCAAUGGAAAGAGGGCAAGUUGCAUCAUGUUGAACAAAGGGAAGCAUAUUCUGGAAGCUGUUUCUACAUUAGAUUCAAUAUUGAGUGGGUGCUCUACAAAGGUGAAAGCAGACUUGAAGCCUCUUGUAUUAUCCAGCCACCUGUUUUAAGUAGUUCAUUUGUCUUCAGCGUCAGAUUAUAUGUACAGUAGUGCAAUAUCAGGUUUUCUCUGUGCAAUUCAGGGCAAUGUCCCAAAUGAACAUCUUAGGAGCUGUAUAUAUUCUUUUCUUAGUUUGAUCCAGUAAUUAGUUUGGAAUCAUACUCUCUCUCUCUCUCUCUCUUGGGUGGAUUAGCACAUAUAGC